CUGUGGAGCUGAACACACGCGAGUAGUCACAACCCGCGGAGUUCUUCGGCAGACAAUCUUCCAGUAGGCAACCGUCGCUGAGAUGAAUAAGCUGAUGUCUGUCCAGUGAUGACUUUCUCGUCAACCAUCAACAGUGUGCGUGCGAGUGCUUCAAGCUAUAUAUUCCUGGUCUACAUUCACAGACCCAUUGAUCUUUACUUUCCUUCUUCAUCCGGCUCUCUCCUCAAAAAUCACAACCCCGAUCAAGAAUCCAAGAUGGUGUUGUACCGCGACGACGAAUUCCGUCAGAACGCGCAGAAAUGGGAACAGAAAGUUGACGUCGACGACUCCGGGAGGUACAAGGUCGCUUGCCUCAACGCUACGGCGUAUGGGGCGUAUGAAGGUCCCCUGAACGGGAUUCGGUUCUGGUUCGAGAGGGAGGAGUACUACGUGCUGGUCGGCUGCCCGCCUUGGAUCAGCACCAAGAUGGCCGCUGACGGUCGGUGGGCCAAGAACAUCUCCAAGUAUUGGGACCAGUGCUGGGAGGACACUGUUGAGCCGCGAUACAACUGUGAGGAAUGGGGGUUCACCAAGAAGGACACGAACAUGUACCAUGUGAAGGGAUGGGGCCCUGAUGUCAUGGCAGGGUUGGAUGGUCUCGAGCGCCGGUUGGGAAUCGUGCUGGCGCAGACCGACUACGAGGGCUACGGGCGUUACCUCGUGAUGCGGAUCAAGGAGGGGCUGAAGGCCCUGGAUCCCACCUGGAAGAAGACAGAGGAUGGCUAUGACGCAAAGUACAAGCAAGACCAUGCCAAAGAUGUGAAGCAACGGAUAAAUGGCGGGUGGGCCGUUCAUAACGAUGGGUCGGUCACGAACAGCUACUUUUAGUUCUUGGGUCUAUGCAUAUAUCUAUGUGGUUUCGUUCAAAUAGCCACUUGCGGCAUCUUCUGCGUGAUGGAUCAUAUAUGCAGCCGGC